CAAACAUUUCAUAUACGACCUUCAACAACAAAGACAAUAUUCAAUGAUUAUCCGGUCCUUUCAAACUCUUAUAUGAUCAACAGAAAGCAGAGCACCGUUCGCUCUUGCUAGGGAACAAAUUAAGAAGUGAACGCAAAUCGAAGUCAGAAUGCGUUCCUUCAGUUCCCUCAUACGCCAGUCAAGGCGAAGAGGUCGACCACCGAACGGAAUAGUGAGAUAUGCAUGGGAUAGCGAAUAUAACGAUCCAUGCAAGGCUAAAAAAGCGAUCUUCUAUCAGCAAUCGACUAGUAUGACCAGCAUCAGAAAUGGAGAAUGUUCGACUUCAGUAGUACGUGAUGAUAUUUCACAAAGCCGAGGUAGGAUACGAACUAUUCAUAGCACCGGAAUACAUCCCAAACCACCGCCAUCUACAAUGUCAAAUGGACGAAUCUAUUCAAUAGAAACUGCGCUACCUGGCACUGAUCAUUCUCACCCAUAUAUCCCGGAUGGUUCGCAAAUUCUGACGGAAUGGAGGCUGCUGGAACGUAGACUAUUGGAAUCAGAUCGAAAAGGGAAAUCGAGAGAAAUCGAAAAUAACAAUUCUUUACCCAAUACUUCACCUCAAUCGAGCACAAAGCUAGAUCCGAAGUUCUUCAGCGAGAACGAGAGACCUUCACUUACCAUCACACUUGAGGAUGAAGAUUUACAAGAAUCUCUCAUUGCAGACGAAUCAGAUCGUAUUGAUAGGAAGGUUGCUUUCAAACCACUUUGGACAGCAUCGGUCGACCAAAGUGUAAUGCGCGAAUGCAUACAAAGUGCCAUCGAUGAAGUGCGUAAAGGUGAAAGCGAUAUAGACACAUUGGCGACGAAAAUGCUACAAUCAAUCGAAAACGCAAGCGAGGCAAAGACAGACAUAAUCUCCAUACCACGUUCUCUGCGAUUGGAGGAAUUGAGAAUGUUACUGCUGUCAGCGUGGAUAUCUAUCACAUCUGAAAAGAUCGAUCUUGCGCAGUCACAUAAUGUACCUGCGUAUCUUUUCCUGACUCAAGAGAUGUACUUUUCGACUGCACCUGUUGCAGAACUUGCCAAAGGUGUCGAUCAAGAAUAUGCACGAAGUGUCAUGGCAGUCCAACGAGCAACACUAUUCAGAUUGUUUGGAGUAAUGUUUCACCUUUCCCAAUCGGAACUGAAAAUCAGUUCCAAAACACGGAUAGAGGCCCUCCUGCUGUGCUCAAAGUUGACAUGCGAUCCAAGGCUAAGACCAGCACAAGUGCAGUAUUUUACAAGAAAGGUUCUGGGUCGUCUACGAGCAUGGGUGGAAAAGAAGGAUGAUUGCGUCAGUUCAUCUCGUUUGUGGUGCGACUUACGCGACAUGCUUUUCGAUCUGAUGGGUAGAGGACUUAUUCAAAGCUGCCCUUUACCUAAAGAUGGAUCAGAACAGAUGGAUGUCAAAGACGAGAUCUCAAAUCCUAUCACCAACUUCUUAUUGUGUUGCAGCAAGACUAUCGGUAACGGACUUGGACCAGAGGCACUAGCCUAUCACACAUUGCUAGCGAUGGCACAACGUGCUUCUAUCGGAAGAGAAGAAUUUGGAUCCAACGAAAAGAGGGCAAUUGCCAGCACUCCAGAAGAGGUGGAAAUGAUGAUAGCUGAAUUGAUGCGAGGUAAUGAUCCGAGAACAGCAUACCAGCUCUACAGCCUAACGCCGUCUAGCCUACGUUCGAUUGACAGUACUUGUCGUUUGAUGCGUCAUUAUGGCAAUGCACCUCUGUGCUUUUCAUCACAACCUUCCAGUGCUCAAGACUCUAGGUGGGGUAGCGGUCGGACAAGUAGAGCAUUGAUGGCAGAUAUAUCUUCAAAGCUUUCUCAACUUCGCGGUGCUGAUCGUGAAGACUGUUUGAGAAAUUUGGCACACGCUCGUUUCGCCUAUUGCGCAGAUCGAGGAUUAGCUGGACGGGCAAUGGACGAAUUGAGAGACUUUGUCGAAGUUAAAGGAGGUAAAAGCCAAACUGAGACGCUCAUCGAGCUAGGUGAGCCGGUCUACUGUCACUUUAUUCGAUCACUGGCGCAUGGUAAAUGGUGGUCAAGUGCAAAAGAGUAUGCUUUCCGAUUGAGCAAGUACCAAACACCGUCUGGAGUCAGAGUUCUGGAUGAAAGUAAUCGAGUCAAGAUGCUGAACAUCUUGCUGUCUUCUUAUUUGUGGCCAAUGAAAAGUGGUAAAGAAGAUGAACUUUAUAUCCCGCACCUACAGACCGCUUCAUCAAAUGGAAAGGGUGACUUGAGUCGAUGGACAAGAACGUGGAGUGCUAUGUCAAUAGUCAAGAAUUUCUGUGAGGAGACAGGUGUUAUACCUGAUGAGAAGAGUGCAGAAUACCUGAUCUUCUCAUUUCGCCAAUGCAAUCAAAGGAGAGUUUCCAAAAAAGUUCUCGAUGAAGUGACAUCGAUGCAUGAAUGGAAUUGGCAAAAGAAAGGAGUACAAGGAGUUUUGGAAAGGAUAGAAGCAAUCGUGCAAGCAGGAAGAGACGAUGACAUUGAAAGGAAGAAGUCGAAUGAGUAAGAGACAUGCAUUACCGUGUAUUCCAAUUUGUAAUUUUAGACAACUUAUUCAUUUUUACCAAUGUACAACAUGA